CCUAGAGAUGGCAAAUCCUGAGGCUGCUGUAAGUAACUGCAGCUCUCAUGAAGAGGAAAAUCGCUGCACUUUUAACCAGCAUACAUCUCCCUCUGAGGAACUUCUAUUAGAAGACCAGAUGAGACGAAAACUCAAAUUUUUUUUCAUGAAUCCUUGUGAGAAGUUCUGGGCUCGAGGUAGAAAACCCUGGAAACUUGCCAUACAAAUUCUAAAAAUUGCAAUGGUGACUAUACAGCUGAUCUUUUUUGGCUUGAGUAACCAGAUGGUGGUAGCUUUCAAGGAGGAGAACACUAUAGCAUUCAAGCACCUCUUCCUAAAAGGAUAUAUAGAUAGAAUGGAUGACACAUAUGCAGUGUAUACACAAAGAGAUGUGUAUGAUCAGAUCGUCUUUGCAGUGAACCAGUACUUGCAGCUAUGCAACGUCUCAGUUGGGAAUCAUGCAUUCGAGAACAAGGGCACGGAGCAGUCAGCCCUGGCAGUCUGCUGGCACUUCUACAAGCAAGGAAACAUCUAUCCUGGAAAUGAUACCUUUGACAUUGAUCCAGAAAUUGAAACUGAAUGUUUAUUUGUGGAACCAAAUGAACCUUUUCACAUUGGAACACCAGAAGAAAAUAAACUCAACUUAACACUGGACUUUCACAGACUCAUAACAGUGGAGCUGCAGUUCAAACUGAAGGCCAUUAACCUGCAGACCAUUCGUCAUCAUGAGCUCCCGGACUGUUACGACUUUACUCUGACUAUAACUUUUGACAACAAAGCCCACAGUGGAAGAAUUAAGAUAAGUUUAGAUAAUGACAUUUCCAUCAGAGAAUGUAAAGACUGGCAUGUAUCUGGAUCAAUUCAGAAGAACACUCAUCACAUGAUGAUCUUUGAUGUCUUCAUUAUUCUGACAUGCUUGGCUUCGUUAAUCCUGUGUGUUCGAUCUGUGGUGAGAGGACUUCAGCUUCAGCAGGAAUUUGUCAAUUUUUUCCUCCUCCAUUAUAAGAAAGAAGUUUCUGUUUCUGAUCGAAUGGAAUUCGUCAAUGGAUGGUACAUUAUGAUUAUUAUUAGUGACAUAUUGACCAUCAUUGGAUCAAUUCUAAAAAUGGAAAUUCAAGCUAAGAGUCUAACAAGUUAUGAUGUCUGUAGCAUACUUCUUGGGACUUCUACCAUGCUUGUGUGGCUUGGAGUUAUCCGCUACUUUGGUUUUUUUCAGAAAUACAAUCUCCUCAUUCUCACCCUCCAGGCGGCACUGCCCAAUGUCAUCAGGUUCUGCUGCUGUGCAGCCAUGAUUUAUUUAGGCUAUUGCUUCUGUGGAUGGAUUGUGCUGGGGCCUUAUCAUGAUAAGUUCCGUUCUCUGAACAUGGUUUCUGAGUGUCUUUUCUCACUGAUAAAUGGAGAUGAUAUGUUUGCCACAUUUGCGAAAAUGCAGCAAAAAAGUUACCUGGUCUGGCUGUUUAGCAGAAUUUACCUCUACUCAUUCAUCAGCCUUUUUAUAUACAUGAUUUUAAGUCUUUUCAUUGCACUGAUCACUGAUACAUAUGAAACAAUUAAGCAUUACCAACAAGAUGGCUUUCCUGAGACUGAACUUCGUUUAUUUAUAUCAGAGUGCAAAGAUCUGCCUAAUUCUGGAAAGUACCGAUUAGAAGAAGACACUGCAGUAUCUAUAUUCUGCUGUUGUAAAAAGUAGCUGUUAGGCUAAUCUGUGCUCUGGAGGGGGUAUAUUAUAUAAAUGAGUUGGGAGAUAAAAAUGGGUAUUAUCAGUUGUAGUAUGUCUGAAGACUACUAUUUUGAGCAAAUUGAUGACUAUAAUUCAUCAAGAACUAUGUUUAUAUUUUUAAAGCAAUAUUUAAUGUCUAUAGCUUUGUGCUAGGUUUAUUUAAAAAAAAAAACCCACUUUGAUGAGGAAAACUUUUGGAUUCUUGUCCUGUUUGCUUUGCCAUAGUUUUAGAAUACGUUUCCCAUACCUUUCUUUACUCUCGCUUCCAGUUAUUUUGACUAUGCUGACUGUGUCAUCAGUAGAAACAUUUCCUGGUCUGAUGUCAGCCAAGUCACUAACACUGACCUGGACCAUUCUCAGUGGUCAUCUGAGAGACGGGAAGGUUGCUCUCUAUCCAGUAAUCAUUGGUGGCUCAGAUGGUAAAGAAUUUACCUGUAGUGCAGACCUGGGUUUGAUCCUUGGGUGGGGAAGAUGCCCUAGAGUAGGAAAUGGCAACCCAGUCCAGUAUUCUUGCCUGGAAAAUUCCAAGGACAGAGGAGCCUGGUGGGCUAUAGUCCAUGGGAUCGCAAGAGUUGGACACGACUGAGUGACUUUAACUUUCAAAAGAAAUAAUGAGAAAGAAAAAAGUCACCAGCUAACAGUCACAUAUUUGGUUCUGAAGGACAACUGUUAUUUGAUACUGUUUUGAUUUCUGGAGAAGAUCAGAUAUUUUUGUAUUCACGUAUAGGUUUUCUCCUUUCCUAUAGUAUUAAAGGACAAACUUAAAAGAGUAUUCUAUAUAUCUGUGAAAAUUAAAGUGCAUACCAAAUGCAUAUGCAAUCCCACAAAGAUCGGUUUAUUGGUACUUGCACAGCCUUGUGAAAAGUGCAUGAUGCGCCAGGUCCCUUGGGGGCACAUUCAUUCUCACAGAAAAGAGUAGCAUCUCAGGGUCACUAAUCACGGUUUCAUGGGGAGAAGUUCUAUAACGGACAUGAAAAAUGUUUUGGAAAACAAUUAUGUUCAAAAUUUUAAAAUAAAUGGGAAAUGUAUGCCUUAAAAAGACACAAAACCAAAGUCUCCACUCCUUGCAGACUGCUGAUUAGAAGCUUCAGGGAUUUUCACAACAUAAGUCUUUGUUUUGUGUGCUAUUUAUUCAAACAAAUUAAUUCAGUGAUGUGAUGUGCAAUAAAGCUUUUCUGAAAGCAAGCUCUUUUUUCCAAGGAAAUUGAUUAUUUUUUUA